AUGUCAGAAAAAANUAGAAACCUCUUGCCCACAGGCAUUAAGAUCCUGAAGAAAGCGAAGGAUGACGCUCCCUGCUGGGCGGACCGCGCGGCGAGCCGCUCUCCCGGAGACGACAUCCCCGUUAAGUGGAUGUGUCCAGACGGCGUGGAGGCGCAGGCCGCGAACAGCUACAGGGAUGCUGUCGGAGAAGGAAGACGCACAAAGCUGAUGGGCAGGGACGUAGAACACAGCAGCAGGGGAGUACAGCGCCGUUGGCGGGCAACCUGCACUGCCAGCGCACGGCCUCAUGCCCUGAGAGUCACCAAGCCUCUGGAAGAGCGUUCUCGGUGCCGGAGACGCACACGGCGUCCUUCGAGUGGGAAACUCCACCAGCUGGAGAUCACCAAACCUGAGACGAGCCGAGAAGACGCCGCCGAGUACACGUUCGUGUGUGGGAACGACCGAGUGUCCGCCAAGCUCACCGUCACCCCCAUCCUGAUCUCCACGAUGCUGCAGGACCUGAACGCUCAGGAGAAAGACACGGUGACCUUCGAGGUGACGGUGAACAACGAGAACGUGACGUACAAGUGGCUGAAGAACGGCGUGGAGAUCCGCUCCACGGACCGCUGCCAGGCGCGCUGCAAGCAGCUGACGCACACGCUGAGCAUCAGGAAUGUUCACGGAGGAGACAGCGCCGCCUACAGCUUCAGCGCCGGGUCGGCCAUCACCACCGCCAAGCUCCACGUGGAGGCGCGCGUGGUCGAGUUCACGAAGCACCUGAAGGACAUGAAGAUCACGGAGAAGAAGAGGGCCACCUUCGAGUGUGAGGUCUCCGAGCCCAACGUGCAGGUGAUGUGGAUGAAGGACGGCCAGGAGCUGGAGAUGUGCGACAGAUAUAAGAUUACCUCAGAUAAGUUCGCCCACCAGCUGCUGCUGCAGUCGGUACGCCUCUCUGACGCCGGAGAGUACACCGCGGUGGCCGGGUCCAGCAUGUCCAAGGCCUCGCUGGGGGUCCUGGGACGGGACAUCAAGAUCUCCGAACCCGCCAGCAGGGACAUCACCGUUGUGGAGAAGCAGCGCGCCAUCUUUGAGCUGGAGGUGAACGAGGACGAGGUGGAGGGCCGCUGGCUGAGGAACGGAGUGGAGAUCCAGUUCUCUGUGGAGAGCAGCGCGCUUUCAACUUACGUCUGCAUCCGGAGGGUUCACCGCCUCUCACCGUGA